UGUUUGAGAGUUGACAUCCAAACAUUACACUUGGCACAGAUAAGUUUAAUUUCUUUAUAGGAGAUUCAAAGAGUUUUCGAGAGUAUUCAAGGAAAAUAAUUUACGGAGUACUUACGUGUAUUCAAGUGAGGUCCCACAACUACCAUGAGUUCACUCAGUGCAGAUAAUCUUGCAAGUACUUUGGGUAAACCUGGCAAAUUACAGAUGAUCUUGUACAUAAUGCUAUGUUCCAAUUUAUUCUUUCUGUGUUGGAAUCAUUUGGCCAUGGCAUUUAUGGGUGCAAAAACUAAAUACCAUUGUGCAGUGGGGAAUAUCACACAAAUAGAUGAAGUUGUCCCCCUUGUAAAGAAAGGUGGGAAGACGUUGUGGGAUGGAUGUAAUCUUUAUGUAAAUGUCAGCACUAAGGAAAAGAAACCAUGUUCCAAUGGAUGGACAUAUUAUUUGGAAGGACGAGAACAAACUAUUAUAUCUGAGUUUGAUCUAGUUUGUGAUGAUGCAUACAAAACUAAUCUGGCUACAACAAUCUACUUCUGUGGUGUGUUAGUUGGUGGUCUGCUGUUUGGAACAUUGUCUGAUAAAUUUGGUUGACGACCAGUACUAUUAUGCUGUUUG